UGGCGGAACAUGGAGCAAGAAUUCCGCCUAUGCGAUGGUGACAGCGUCGUGGAGGGGGGGAACAUCGAUAAUGACCAUCCUCUGGCGAUACAAAUCUGUUGCCCGGCGACGAGGAGUAAUCCCUGAGGGCAACUAACCAGCUGGGAGCAACUUGGCAGCCACAGAGCAUCGGGACACCCACAGCUGUUUGGGCUAACGGCUGCUUUAAGACUUGACAGACCGAGCCGCUUCUGCCCUGAUGCUCUGAGUUGGACCGGUGCCUUUCAUUCUCUCCGCUUUAACUCCUCGCCUGUUAAAGUUUCUUACCAUUGCUGGAGACUUUAAAAUAUAAAACCAUGGAUUUGUUCGAGACGCUACAUUUGGACGAGCUGUCCCACGGACUGGCAAACUUGUCCAUGUUUCCAUACUUUGACAUGGCGCAUUACAUCGUGUCAGUCAUGGCUCUGAGGGAGCAGCCAGGUGCUCUUCAGGUGUCCAGAGUCAGUCCUCUGGCCUGCUGGUUCAGCUCCAUGCUCUUCUGUUUUGGCGGAGCUGUGCUGUCUGCCAUCAUGCUGGCCGAGCCUGUCGUCGCACCUCUGUCCAACAGCACCAGUGUCCUGCUCGCCUCCAUCAUCUGGUACCUGGUGUUUUACUGCCCCAUGGAUCUGGUCUACUCCACAGCCGCCCUGCUGCCCCUCAGACUGGUCCUGUCAGGGAUGAAGGAGGUGACGAGGACGUGGAAGGUUCUGGGAGGCGUCACUCAGGCGCACAACAAAUACAAGGACAGUCUUCUGGUCAUGAUUGCAAUCGGCUGGGCUAAAGGUGCUGGAGGAGGUCUGAUCAGUAAUUUUGAGCAGCUUGUUCGAGGCGUUUGGAAACCAGAGACCAAUGAGCUCCUCAAAAUGUCUUAUCCCACCAAGAUCACCCUCUUCGGGGCGGUGUUGUUUGCUCUGCAGCAGACCCAGUACCUUCCUCUGCAGAAGCACCAUCUGAUGCUCAUCUACACCGUCUUUUUAGUCGUCAACAAGUCGAGGAUGAUGCUGACAGGCUCCUCCACCUCACCAUUUGCCACCAUCGAGUCGGUGGUCUACAAGACCCUCUUUACCGGCUACUCUUCUUAUGCAGCCCUCACUGAUGAGGUCACUAAACCUUGUAUUGAUAAUGUCACAGCAAACCCGGUGACCUCGACCGCAGCCAAAAGGAAGGAGUCCAGCGAGAACGGAGCCGCGGGGAGGCACACUCCGGUCUCCCCCGUUCAGGGACAAAGUGAAUCACUCGAAGCCAAAGACGAGUCAGAGAGCGCUGAGACGACGAGCUGCAAGAAGACCGACUAGUCAGCCUCUGCCCCGUAGCGCCUCUUCACCUCAAAGCCGGGUAGUGGAGUCAUUUCUGAUUCAGAUUUGUCAUUUCAGGACCUAAACUUUAUUCUGACUGCUGAGGAAGAAUUUCAAUGAGAGCUGACUCUCACCAACCCUGCACCUUAUUGUUGGAUUAUCAGCCUAUUCGUAAAGUACUGUGAAAUUCUGCUGAAAAUCAAACUAUCCCUUGGCUAUUGCACACUAGCAGAACAUAAAGUGUAGCUUAAUUUUUAAUCUAUAUUUAUAAUGAGUACAAAUUUUAUCUCUGGGUUUUGGGAACAAUGCUGUCCAGCUGCUGCUCUAUAAAUGUCUGUCUUUUCUUCUCUCUGUAUAUAUUCAGCUUCAUGUUAAUGCUAUAUUUCCUACUCUGAAGAGCUUAGAAUAAUUUUAUAAAAAGAGAGAUUAUAUUCUAUAAAACACAGAUAUUUUAAUCUAUUUAUAUUGAAUAAUUGCACUCUUGAAUGUAUGACAUCACAAAUUGUACAAGAACCUUUUUAUUUUUUCUGUUUCUUUAGUGAAUGCUUUUGAAUAAAUUUGAAAGCAUGGGAAUAAAAAGGUUUUAAUUUACUGAA